AUGGCUUUUCAGAACAACCACCUCAGAACGACAGGUGAAGUGGCCCUGGAGGCCAUCUUUCUGUUCCAGGUUGGGGUUGGGACUCUGGCCAAUGUCAUUCUCUUCUUCUAUAAUGUCUUCCCAGUCUUGCGUACUGGACUGAGGCCCAUACACGUGAUCCUUCCCAACCUGGCUGUGGCCAACUCCUUGGUUCUUCUCUCUGCUGGGAUUCCCCACAUGAUGGUGAAUUUUGUUCUAAGGAAACCCCUGUCCAGUCUUGGGUGUAAGGUUGUGUGUUACGUCCGUCUGGUAGCCCGCAGCACCACCCUGUGCUCCACCUGUGUCCUCAGCACCUACCAAUACCUCACCCUCUUCCUUGGAAGGGCACAGAGAGCCAAGCUCAGAGGGGCGGCCUCCAAAGCCCUGGGCCCUCCCUGUGGCACCUGCUGGAUGUUGAGUGCUGUGAUGAAUAUCUAUGUUCCUGUGGAAAUCACUGUUUCUCGGGACAGGCUCAAUGAUACUGACUCUCGGGGUAGUCAGUUAUGUUGGUCCUUGAGACCCAGGGUAGCCAUGGUAUUCUUCCGCUCAGUCUCUGAUGCCAUGUUUAUCGGCCUCAUGAGCUGGGCGAGUGGCUCCAUGGUGCUUCUCCUGCAGCGGCAUCACCAGAGACUUCAGCAUAUUCACACCACUACCAAAUUCAACCACUGCCACAAGUACGCCCCAGAGGCCAGUGCUUCUCAUACCAUCCUCAUGCUGGUGGCCGCCUUUGUCAUCUUUUACAUGCUGAACUCCACACUUGCUGUUUAUACCAGUGCUUUUGUGGAUCCUCGCGUGUGGUUGAUGCAUGCCUCUGAUGUUUUGGUUUCCUGUUUUCCCACGGUCUGCCCUGUGCUGCUAAUCUCUAGGGAUUCUAGAAUGCGUAGGUUCUGCUCCCAAAUUGUGGGAAAAUAUAGUUGA